AUGAAGGAGGUGGUGAGCCACCUUCAAAGUGGUCAGCCGCGAAUCGCCUUCUUCACGGGUCUGCAGCCCAACAUUGAGGAGAUGCCACCGGGUCAACGCGCAAUCAUGUCGCAUGUGGUGACCAAUGUGGGUGGAGCCUACGAUCCCGAGAAUGGCCAAUUCUGUGCCCCUGUUGAUGGUGUCUACUCCUUCGUGGUGGCCAUCUCUGCCCAGGGCAGGAAGCAGGCGGCCGUAAGACUGAUGCAUAACAACAACCACAUUUUCGACGUUUGGAGCGACAGUGCUCCAUGGUCCACGGCCACAAAUCAAGCGAUUUUACUGAUGAAAAGGAACGACUGUGUAUGGCUGCGACUCCGAGAGUCCGCUUUCUACCUCCAUGGCUACAUGUAUUCUACGUUCGCGGGCCACCUGCUUUUUGAAUACAGUGCUGAUCAGAACUAA